GAGUCCAACAGGUCAGUCAGCCGCUCAGAGUUUAUGAAGUAAACAGACGAAGAAGCAGCAGCUGAUCUCGGCAGAGAAACUGACAGGUGUCAUACAAGCAGCUGAAGGCUCUCUCUCAUCAUUUCAAUCGAUCGGUAUUGAUCAGUCCUCAGGAUGACUCGCCGGCUGUCGUCUCUGGAGGUUCUCCUCAGCGUCGUGGUGCUGCUUCUCCUCGUCUGUUGUGUCGGCCUGAUAGUCGUCUCGUAUCUCAGCCUGGAGCCUGCAGGUGCUGAGGAGCCGGGGAGGCUGAGGGGGCGAAUGGUGAUCAAACAGGGAGCUGAGUUCUCUGAAGAGCUGAAGAACUCCAGCAGUCUGCUCUUCAAGUCUCUGGCCUUCGACGUCCAGCAGCUGGUGUCCGAGGCCUUCAGUCUAAGUGAGCUAAAACAGGCAUUCAGGUCCUGUCAGGUUCAACGCUUCAGUCGAGGCAGCGUGGUGGUGACCUUUGACCUCUGGUUCGAUCAGCUGAUCAAGCCCAAGGAGGUGGAGCAGCAGCUGGAGGCGGGGCUUCAGGAGGCCGAUGGCGGGGGAUUGGUCAUUGACAGGAACAGCAUCCACAUCACAGAGAACACUGAGGAGACCACACCUGCAGCGACCAGCACCACACCUGCAGCAGGUAAAACACCUACAGUGACCAGCACCACACCUACAGCAGUCACCUGUUCUUCCGAUGAGAUGCUGUGUGCUGAUUGGUUGACGUGCGUGGCGACCGAUCGGUUGUGUGACGGAGUCCACGACUGUCCCGACGCCUCUGAUGAAGCUGCUGCUCACUGCGCAACCAUGUGUGACGGACAGUUUGUGCUCAGAGGACCGAACGGAUCGUUCAGUGUGACGGAGUCUGACAUGAAGAACAUCAGCACCUUCUGCCGCUGGAUCAUCAGGGUUGAUACAGGACUGUCUAUUCGCCUAGACUUCCCUCAGUUUGAAACUGAAGAACAGAUCGACACUCUCAGACUGUACGAAGGCGUGGGACCGGACAAAGUGCUCACAGCUGAGCUCUCAGGCUUCACCCCCCCCGGGACUGCGUGGCUGCUGACCGACCAGUCGACUGUAGAGUUUUUCUCUGAUGACAUCGUCACUCUGCCAGGGUUUAAGGCGACUUACAGCGCCACCAAUCUGUCCAACCUGUCCGACCAGGAGAAGCUCAGCUGCAGCUUCGAGGAUGGCAUGUGUUUCUGGAGGCAGCUGCAGGACCACGACUCCAACUGGAUCCGAACCCGUGGCUCCACAAUGCCCCCCAACACCGGCCCCAGCGGGGACCACACGCUGGAGAACGGCUCAGGUUUCUACAUCGUCACUCCUCUGAACCCCAGCCAGCAGCCCAAGACCUUCAGGAUCCACAGCCUCCCUCUGACUCCGCCCACACAGCCCAUGUGUAUGAGCUUCUGGUACCACAUGUUUGGAGACGACGUCCACCGUCUCAGAGUCCUGCUGCUGCCAUUGCCAUGGCAACCCGAAUCUGCCGCCACCGUGCUCUUCCAGAAGGACGGUAACUAUGGCAACACCUGGAACUAUGGCCAGGUGACCCUCAAUCUGACAUUAAAGGCCACGGUGACCUUUGAAGCGCUGAAGAAAGAAGGCGUGUUCAACGACAUCGCUCUGGAUGACAUCAUGCUGACAUCUGCUCCAUGUGGCCCCGCCCCCCCUGAGCCAACCAAUGUAAUGCCUCCGAUGACCCCGCCCCCCAUACCAGCUGACUGUGGAGGACCGUUCGACCUCUGGGAGCCAAACUCCACCUUCAGCUCCCCAAACUACCCACAAUCCUACGGGAACCAAGCAGAGUGUGUGUGGACCCUUCAUGCUGCGGAGGGCCACAACAUUCAGCUCCACUUCCUGGACUUUGACGUGGAGGCGACCUAUGAUGUGGUGGAGGUGCGGGAUGGGGUGGGGCCGAACUCCACCUUACUGGCUGUUCUCACCGGUAGCGAUGGCCCUGCCCAUGACCUGUUCUCAACAGCCAAUCAGAUUAUAGUACGGUUCUCUACGGAUAAGUCGGGUUUUGGUCGGGGCUUCAAAGCCAACUUCACCUCCGGGGUCCAUCUGGGGGCACCAGCUCUGUGUACAGGUGGUCAGUUCCAGUGUCAGACAGGAAGCUGUAUCCAUGGUGACGGUCUGUGUGACAGCGUGGUUGACUGUCCUGAUGCAUCUGAUGAAGCCGACUGUAUCGUGCUGCAAGUGAACGGUUCCAAUCGGCUUCAGUUUCAGCUCAACUCGUCUCUGUUCACCGUGUGUGGUGACACCUGGAGCUCCCACCUGUCCAACUUCACCUGUCAGUACCUGGGAUACAGGACCGGAGAAACCUCUCUGCUGCCGGCUCUGCCUCAGGAUUCCCCAUUUGUAACCAUCACAGUCACCAGUAACAGAACACUGGAAACCAUCGUCAGUGGGACCUGCAGCAGGGACCAGGUGGUCUCUCUGAGCUGUAACAACCAACCCUGUGGAGUCCGUCUGGCCUCGAAUGUCACAAGUGAGUCGGACCAAUCAGAGGACAGAGUGCCUGGUCAAGGCCGAGUGGUGGGCGGGGUUAACGCUAUGGAGGGGGCGUGGCCAUGGAUUGUGUCUCUGCAGUGGCGGGGGCAUCAUCGCUGUGGAGCCUCUCUGAUUGGCCGGGAUUGGCUGCUGACUGCUGCACACUGCGUCUACGGGAAAAACAUCCACCUGCAGUCCUGGGAGGCUGUGUUCGGACUCCACUCUCAGAUCCACAGUGACUCUGAGCACGUUCAGACCCGACGAGUGGAUCGCGUGAUCUUCCACAGAAAGUACGACAGGAUCACCAAGCAGGCCGACAUCGCCAUGAUGCACCUGCAGCAGCCAAUCAGCUUCACCGAUUGGGUCCAGCCGGUGUGUUUAGCAGCUGAAGGUCAGAGUUUCACAGCAGGAAGAAAAUGUUUCAUCGCUGGAUGGGGACGACAGACUGAAGGAGGUCCGACCCCAGACAUUCUCCAGGAGGCCCAGGUUCCUCUGGUGGAUCAGAACCAGUGCCAGCAGCAGCUCCCUGAGUACUCCAUCACCUCCAGCAUGCUGUGUGCCGGAUACCCUGAGGGAGGGGUGGACUCUUGUAAGGGCGACUCCGGCGGUCCGCUGGUGACGCUAGACGACGGACGCUGGACUCUGAUUGGUGUGACCUCGUAUGGGAGGGGCUGUGGACGUCCACAGUCACCUGGAGUCUACGCCCGAGUCUCAGCCUUCUCCUCCUGGAUCGCCCAGACCAGACGCUCCUCCUCACACCUUCGCACCUCACCCUGAACCUCUUCUCCAGCGACCAAUCAAGAAUCAGAUCACCAGACGUUGUAUCCAAACUCACAAAUAAACCAUCAAAUGUGUCAAAACUGAUUUAAAAGACUGAAAAACCAAUAAAACGUUAAGAAAACUUCA